AUGAGGCAAACUCCCCUCCAAGGCUACGACAAACUAGCGGCCCUGAUGACCGUGGACCCUGGAUCCUCCAUCUUCCGUCGCUUCUCCAAGCUGAACGCCAAGAACCUGCUAUACCUCCAAGCCGAGCUGGCCUACGUCCAGGCAGACCUCGACGACAUCAUCGAAGAGGACAUGGUAUCCGGUUCCGAAGAGAAAGCGAACUACCCCUUUUCCGUCUGGAGUCUGAAGGGGUCGCCGGAAGAACAGCCGGCACAGUGGGUGAAAGUGCUCGAGGCACGCAGGUUGCUGAAUGAGUACAAGACCAGCGAUCUCGAGGUCCUCCAGGACUGGCUCGACCGCGAAGAGAGCACGACCAUGUUUCUCUCUCCCUUGGACCAAUGGCGCGGGGAAAACGAAAAGGACCUCAUCUCCCUGUGCAAUCGACACGACGGCACCGAUUUCUUCACCCGCUGGGUGUAUACCCGCUUCGUUCCGUGGUUUCAUCGUCGAUGGGGCCAUCAACGCACCGACCGAAAAGAUAUCGAGUCCGGCGUGUGGUACUACGACAACCACACCAUUAAGUCCCGGACGUACAUCAUCAGCCUUCUCAUCUCGGGCUUUCUUCCCGCGUCGGCUAUCAUCGUCGUGUACUUUGUUAGGGAUACCGCGGCUAGAUUGGUGACCAUCUUCGUCUAUAAUAUGAUCUUUGUGCUGGUCAUGGGGUUGAUGGUUAAGGCGAGACGCGUGGAGGUUUUUGCCACGGCAACGGCGUUUGCGGCGGUCCAGGUGGCUAUGAUCACCAAUAAUGGGGGUUCGUAG